AUGGCUGCUUUUAAAAACCUCCCCCCUGAAAUCAUUAUACGCAUUAUUCACUAUGCUGCUGAUUUUGUUGGCACGCAAAGUCUGCUAGUAGUUUCACCAUGGGUUCAUGCUGUUUUCGAGGCUCAGCCGUACAGAAUCACGGAGGGUCUCAUAAUAUCAAACUCCAUGACUACAAUGCCUGAAAUUCGAAAUCUAGUUCGAAACAUGGCCCUGGUUCCUACGGUACAUCGCUCCAGUCUGGAAGACUAUAUCGGGGUAAUGUGUGAGAGCGCAUCCAGUGUUCUCCCUCGGCAGAUGAGCUUUACCGAACUGCAUCAAAUAGUUCAUAUUGGGGCGCAGAUUCAGCGGUUAGCAUGUGUAUGCCUGUCUACCGCGCAGCAAAAAUUUAUCGCUGCGGUGGGGGCCACUCCCGCUGGCUCCCUGAGUGGUGCUGUCCGAGCACAGAAAGCGAGCGAGCCUUUCUCAUGGAUUGAGGAAUACAGGGUAUACUGGGCUCUGUGGCAUCUGGCCUACUAUUCUAUUCUCUGUGAGAGGGCGGAGACACUGCCUGAAGAUUCGGUACAAAGGAUAUAUGGGUGUGCCAUCCGGAACGAAAUGGAUAUACCCAGGAAGGAAUAUAUGUCCACAGUGGCCGCAGUUCUCUCGGACUUGGGACUACAUCCCUCCUACGGGGACGCUGAACAGCAGGAGCCCUUAGAAGCCUCCCGGGGUCAUCAGGACGAGCCACCUAUACCUCUAUUCACAUCCUUUGAGUUCAGCUUUGAGAAUUACCUCAUCUGGAGCCCUCAACCGGUACCGGAAAGUACUCCCGCCAUAAAUAUCUGGCAUCGCGGGGCGGAUGCGUGUGGCCACUCGUCAUUGCAGAGCAGAAAGUUCAUCGUAUCUGGCAGGAUGCUUCUGCGGCGCACUCCAAGUUCAGCCGCGAUGCUGGAUGUGCGGCCAUUUCGACGUCUUGGGCUUUUUCUAUGGGACACAUGGCGUGUGUUCUCGGUUGGGCUUAUAAACAAACCGCGCCGAGGGGAUAUUCCGACCCCAGAUGGAGGAUUUCUUCUUGAUUCGGAUGAUACUCCCCUUUUGCCUCUACAUGAGGAAGCGUCAAUGUGGUUGGCGUUGGUCGGUAAGACGCUGUGA